AUGAUUCCUUCAAUUAAUCGACAUUCUCGAUCUAUUAUUAAUGAUUUUAUUUGCUCCGUACAAGAAGAUAAAUGGAUUGUAGUUACAACUAUUUUUUAUCCAACCAAAGCUAUUAUCGAACAACAAAAUAUUCUCAAUUUUCGUCUCCUUCAUUAUUUACGAUAUGGAUCAUAUGCUAGAAAAAAUCUUGGUUAUUUAAUUGUUAUUAAAUAUGGUGCUAAAAUUAUUUUCGAAUCUGAUGAUGAUAAUCUAGUUGAAACAAAUGAUAUUUAUUUAUUACCAAAAAUUGUUCAACAAAAACAUGUUCCAUGGAUAGGGAUUUCAUCAACAAUGAUCAUCAUUUAUUAA